AUGAUGAGAACUACGAUAUGGGCCGUCAUUGGUUGGAUUGUUCUCGUGAACUGUUUUCUCCUAGUGAUUGCAAAUGCUCCUCCCGGCCAGAGCGAUGACCCAAAUGAUCCCCGAAAUCGAUGGAAGACAUUUGUGGACUUCUCUGGUGUCGAUGUGAGUGGUGAUCCGGCCGAGGCGGCCAGAAAGACUGUUGACUUUUAUAACUCCGACUUGAUGAGCCGGAUUGAGAAACUGUACGAGAAAACGAGCACAACAGAAUGCCGUUCCUUGAUAGGAGAACAUUUCGGAUACUAUCUCAAAGCAUUUGCAAAUGAGAAACCAUUGCCUUUCAGCGACAAGACAUUCAAAAAUACAUGUGAGGAAGAAGAUGAAUACGACUUUGACAAUCUCCCACCAGGCGUACACAUGGGAAUGAUCCAGAAUCGGACGUAUCAGCCUCCCAGAAACGAGACUAAAUACCUGGAACCCUCUGAGAUUGUGCUCUGUUAUGGUAUCCUGGCGCAUGAUAGUCCAUCGGCUACGAUAAGAAUCAUCGAAGCUGUUGAUGAACCAACUACUCAAUUCAUUGUUCAUGUCGAUGCCAAAUAUGAAGAAACACACCAAGUCCUCAAGGAAUAUGCUUCCCAGCGAUCAAGAGUCACUGUACUCGAUCAUCCCCAUCGCGUUCGAGUCAAUUGGGGUGGAUUCUCUAUGGUAAACGCGACGCUUCAGAUGAUAUAUCACGCUGAUCAGAUCGAGUUUACUCAUUUUGUUCACAUGGCUGCUACUGCCUAUCCAAUUGCCUCCAAUCGACGGAUCAGAAAUACUCUUGCUGACUUCCCUGCAGAUGCUAAUUUUAUGCACGUUGUGCUGAAACCGACGAGUCCAGCCCUUCCGAUUUGGAACUACUAUGUUGAAUGCGACGAUAGACUCCAUCGAAUCUUUGAACUUCCUCCUCUACGGAAGCAAGUACAUGGAGUUGACAUUUUUACCUCGAGUCAGUGGUUUAUCAUCAGUAAAGAGUAUGCCAACUUCUUGGCACAUCCCGAACCCGGGAGCUUCCUGCAAGAGUACAUGGACUACAUGAAACAUGCCGUUGUCGCUGAUGAACACUUCUUCGGAACGGUACUUAGGAACACGCACUUUUGCGGCAAACAUCACAACUGGAACUUUCUCCACUUACAAUUUGAUCAGUGGGAGAAUGAAAGAGACUUGAACAUGAGAGACGAACGAAAGUGUAUCAUGCCAGACCCAAAUCACUGCGGACGAUCGCCGACGACUAUGGAAAUGGACUAUUUAGAUAUUUUGGAGUUGAGUGGAGACCUGUUUGCUCGAAAGUUUGACGACGAAGUUGACCCAACGAUAAAGGACGUCAUUGACAGAAUACGCGCCAAGGAAGAAAAGGAGCUCAUUAAAUUCAAUAUCACAAAACCGCAAGCACCGGCCUUGCACAAUCCUUUGGCUUUGGAUGGGCACGGAGUCUUAUUUGUUGCGAAGGAGACCAUCAGCAGCGAAAAUCCGUUAUGCAUGGGACUUGGUGAAGAAAGAAACAAAGUCCGUUUGGUUCCAUGCUUUUAUGAGGAUGUGCCUCCGACGCUUGCAUCCAAUUGGGAGACGGGAGCUGUGAUUUUGGAUGAAACGGUUCCGCACAACCGAUGGGAAAUUGGACCUUGUAGUUCCGACGGGGAUCUGAGGAAACUAUACUCUGGAGAUGUGGAGGUUAUACCAGGGCAAUAUAAUCCAACAGGUCCAAGAUGUAAUCUAAAGGUGAUGGAUGGACUUCGAGUUGGGAGAUGCCUAGAUGGUGAAUCAUUUGACCCGCAGCCAGGUGGGCCAGUGCAUGUUUUUCCUUGCCAUAAUCGUUGGCACCAGUACAUUUCCUUUGGAGACGGCACACAUGCUCCAACCGGAGCACUACAUACCAAUGUUCCGGAACACACUCGCAAGCGUAUUGCGGAAACAGGACGAGAGCAAGAAGCGUAUAUGUGUCUAGGUCUGGAGGGUCGCGGUGAAGAUGAAGAAGACUGGCUUGGAAAACGGAAAGAAAUGAUGGAAAAGAUGUUGCAAAGGGAGUUAGAGCAAAUGGAGCAAGAUAGUGACGAUAGUGAAGACGAAGAGGGAUCACUUGUUGACCAGAAAGAGGAUGGUGAAGAGGAUGCUACUGAGACAGAUGCUGCAACGGAGGAGGAAGGUCCACUUGACAUAUGGCACUGGGAAUACGAACAACUUCACGCUAUCAAGUGCUCUAAUAAAGAAGCUGUCAUUGAAUGGGUCCUUGUCCCAUUCAUUGAAGAAGACGAUAGUACGACUGUGUAUGAAGACGAAGAUGGGUCUGCCGAUUCUGGUGAUGAAGAUGGACCUGAGGAAAUGGAAUGGCCCGAUCCAACAGAAGACUCUGAUGUCGACACAAAAACAGACAAAAAGCACGAAAACAAAGAAGAAGAAUUGUAA